AAAAAAAAGGAACAUGCGGCACAGUUACAGACCACAGCCCGCCCUGCCAGAGAGAGGAGAAACUUCUUUGGCACACUUUUGGAGUCUUUUCACAGAUCUGAAAGAGGUGCUGCCUUCCUGGUCCACAUUUCUUCAAAGCUUUAACAGAGAAGACUGACGCAUGGCAGCGUGGGACCUGUCCAUCACAGUGGAGGACCUGGGGCCUGACGCCCCACCUGUCAGCGUCAGUGUAACCUCUGAGCUCCAUGUGGGAGGCGUCAUCCUCAAACUGGUGGAGAAGACACAUAUCCAGCGUGACUGGUCGGAUCACGCCCUGUGGUGGGAGCAGAAGCAGCGAUGGCUGCUGCGGACAUCCUGGACUCUGGAGAAAUAUGGCAUUCAUGCCGAUGCCCGUUUGCUAUUCAUGCCGCAGCAUAAGCCCUUAACGCUGGGCCUGCCCAAUGGCAUCACCCUGAGGCUCUGUGCCUGCUUCUCCAACCCCGUCUUCCAGACUGUGAUGGAUAUCUGCACACUGCUCAACAUCCGUCAUCCAGAGGAGCUAUCGCUCCUUCGGCCUGUAGAGGAGAAAAAAAAGAAGAAGGAGAAGAAUUCGGCAGAGGAGAUUUUUGACCUGACUGCGGUGCCCCUCUCCUCAGCAUCCCGGCCCAGUUUGUACAACGGCAUGCCAGCUCAUUUUGCCGGCUCGCCUCAGUUGGAAGCCAUCUACAAGAUGCUUUCAAUCCCUCAGCCUCCCCCCGCCCCUGAAGUCAUAAUCAAGCAGUACCGCCCGGUGAGCGUGGUGGACAAGGCCCACAUCAACGGCAGGUGGUUGGAUUCGUCCCGUUCUCUUAUGCAGCAGGGCAUUCAAGAAAAUGACCGUCUGUGGCUUCGCUUCAAAUAUUUUGCCUUCUAUGAUAUAGAACCCAAGUACGAUGUGGUGCGUCUGACCCAGCUGUAUGAGCAGGCUCGCUGGGCCAUCCUGUUGGAGGAUAUUGACUGCACAGAGGAGGAGAUGAUGCUAUUUGGAGCUUUGCAGUACCACAUCAGCAAGGUGUCACAGUCAGAGCCUCAGACGAUGAAUUCGCCCGCCGCCAUGGACGACCUUGAGUCGGCGCUUCAGUCCCUGGAGGUUAAGAUGGAGGGCGAGAGCAGCUCUGCCUCCGAGCUGCUGGAUAACAUGACUGCACCUGAACUUAAUGAUUACCUGAAGAUUUUCAGGCCAAAGAGGUUGACUCUGAAGGGAUACAAGCAGCACUGGUUCAAGUUCCAGGACACCUCCAUCUGCUAUUUCAAGAGCAAAGAUGAGAGUAUCGGAGAGCCUAUUCAACAGAUUAACCUCAAAGGCUGUGAAGUGGCGCCAGAUGUCAACAUGGCAGCUCAGAAGUUCCUCAUCAGGCUGCUGAUACCAGCUCCUGAGGGCAUGAAUGAAGUUUAUCUCCGCUGUGAAAGUGAGGAGCAGUAUGCACGGUGGAUGGCUGCAUGUCGCCUGGCCUCCAAAGGCAAGACCCUGGCAGACAGCAGCUUCCACAGUGAGAUACGCAGCAUCCGCUCCUUCUUGGCAAUGCAAACCGCCAGCUCAAGUUCUCAUGGCAAUGCAACCGCUACAGACGAAAGCAUAAACACCCACAGUUUGGUGUCACCCCGCUACCAUAAGAAGUACAAAACCAAACAGCUGACUCCUCGUAUCCUGGACGCGUACCAGAAUGUGGCUCAGCUCUCAGUGGUCGAUGCAGUCUCUCGCUUCCUGCAGAUCUGGCAGGCCCUGCCUGACUUUGGCCUCUCAUAUGUAGUAGUCAGGUUCAAAGGAAGCCGUAAAGACGAGGUACUAGGCAUUGCUCCCAACCGUCUGAUCCGCAUCGACCUCGGUGUGGGUGACGUGGUGAAGACUUGGCGUUACAACAACAUGAAGCAGUGGAAUGUCAACUGGGACAUUCGACAGGUGGCCAUUGAGUUUGAGGGGAACAUCAACAUCGCCUUCAGCUGCGUGACAGCCGACUGCAAAAUUGUUCAUGAGUUCAUCGGGGGCUACAUCUUCAUGUCGACACGAAGUCGCGACAAGAGCGACAAGCUCAACGAGGAGCUCUUCCACAAGCUGACAGGCGGACACGAGGCGCUCUAGAACUCAAACACACCAAAGGAUCUGCAUUUUUUUGGGGACCAGAAUCGACCAUCAGGCAGAAAACCAUGUUGAAAAGGCUUUGUCCUGCCAGUGUGGCAUAUGUCAAAAUAUCAAAGAUAUAACACGGAAUGUUCAGAAUACAUUCCACACCCCUAAUGACCAGUGACCAAUGUAUAGCACACUUACCUCAUUGUUACUUGUUUCAACACAAAUAGCACAUGAAUUCCGUGAGAAAAAAAUGGAUGGAAACACCAAAUGUUUACCACUUACCCUUUUAAUAAAAUAAAUUGUGUUUAACGCUCA